UGAAUGUAUUGCACGAAGGUCAUCACGUUUCAGGUGAUUUUAAAACGUCUGAAUGCUUCUCAAACCUCUCACGGUUGCUUAAUAUAUCAAUUAAUAUACCCGACCAACAACUGACAUCUCAAACACACGUUACAUUGUCGGUUAACUAAGUACUCUAAUGUUGAGUGACGCAUACAGAGCAGCUCCAAAUUACGUGAUACCGAAUUUCGUGUGACGUAAUGUGUGGAAAAAAAUACCUGUGAACAUCGAUAUUUCAAUCGUGGGAAUGCCAAAUCCAAUCUUUAUGCAGAACAAUGCACCCGAAAAUUUCAGGUCACAUGGGGGAGCGAAAAACGGCUUAUAAAAAGUCGCAACGGGAGUUCCGACUGCUCAGUCGACUAUUUUUUUUUUACAAUACCUGGACACGUGCGAAAAUGAGUAUUGCUCAGGUCUGGAUAAUGCUGGUGAUAGUGAUCGGCUCGGUGGUAUGUCUGUACAAACCAAGUGGAUGGCGUCCGUCCGGAAAGAGCUUCAGGGCUCAUGAAAGUGCUUAUCAGUCCAAUGAUUAUAAUUAUCGCAUCGAUAAUUCGUACGGAUCACCGACAGGUCCAUCCGAACACGAGGACAUCACAACAACGACAGAGAGAAAUCGAGAAGCCACUACACCCUCCGAUGAAUCGCAAGAGGAUUCGCAAUCUAAUCCAGCAUUGGCAAUAGCAAAUUCCUUUGCAUUCAACAGGCCUGUCUACGUCUACACCGGAUUCCCAUUGCAGCCAGCGUUCACCUAUUUCAAAUAA